AGGCACCUUGACGUGGUGUAGGGGCUUAGCUACAGGCAAGCUUGCUGACUUUGGGUCUCCUGCUCAUUGUCUAUGCAAUGGUCAGAAGACCUUUUUGUCGGUCUGGCUUGUGGGUACAACAAAGAACUACCAGUAGUUGUGUUGUCCUGUAGUUUAUGUGCAUGUAUGUGUGUCUUUGUCUCUAUGUAUGCAUGUAUGUUCUUUGUGUUUUUAGAAUGAAUGGAAGUGUGUAGGUCCACUAGGUGUCUGGGGACCAGGGUUUAUGACGAACCAAGACCGUUCAUACGUGGUGCAGAGCCACAUAUUAUGGCGGAUCUAGAGAGGAAAACUCGAUAAAACCCGCAAUCCUGGGUGUAUGAACGACCGUGCCCAAGGAUGAAUGGCACUGCGUAAGUGUGUCUUAGAACGGUGGACUCCGGAUACCUGGCGACCUCCGGUUUCAAUUCAGCCUUUCUGAAGUAAAGGGGGCUAUGCUUCGGAUGACCUCCCUUUCCCCUACACUCGUGGGAACAUUUAUGGAUUCUUUAAACAAAUUAAAUAAACAAAAAACUAACAAGGAACUAGGUACCAGUUCCGAAGACGAGCUCCUGGCAUCAAGCCAAGAAAACGAGCGAGUCGAAACCGCCAUACUACCCAAAGUAGGCAGUAGCAGCCGCACUGCGCCUACUUCGCACAUAACAGUAAAAUCGGCAGACAAGCGCGCCAGCCAUAGUGCGCCUGCCGAGAAAUCAAAAAAGUCUGAGGCAAAGAUCAGACGUCAAAGGUACCAGAAGGCCAUGUUCAUUCUUGGCAAGAUUGCUAAAAAUGAAGCUGAAGGUAAAGAACAGGCGUUUGACCGUACAGACAAAGUACGAUAUCAGAAGGUGGUCGAUGAGUAUAACGAAUACCAGGCCACCCUAUCAAAACCCGCAAAGGCAAUGAAGAGUGAUCGGUCUCAGGACGAGACGGCCCAUACUUCAAAAAGCAAGGUAGCGAGAACGAGUUAUACUAGUAAACCGUCAACGAGUGCGAAAAGGGCAUAUAACGAAGUAGCAAGGGAUGAGCUACAGGUGGCGCUCAUUGAUGAUAUUACCGGGAAUGGAAAAAAGGUGCUGGAGAAAUGGGGCGAGAUUGAGCCCAAGCUGGCUGAAAUGGUGAUGGAACACCUUCUAACAAAUCUAGACGCCCCCACACCAGGCUUUGAUUCAUCAGAAGUGGUUCGUGGUUGCAGGGUCUUCAAAUGUGAUGACCAGCUAUCUAAAGUAUUUCUUGGCAACUGCAUUGCUAAGGUAAGUGAUGCAUGGGAAGGUUUAAGGCUAAAGCUUAUCCCAGCCAACGAUAUCCCUAGAAGACCAAGGGCCCGCAUUUGGCUGCCAAUUAUGAAGAUGGAGCAUGAGAAAGUUCUCCAGCUGCUACAACGGCAGAACCAAAAUGUGCCAAUGAAUGACUGGGUAGUCAUCAAGGACGAGGGCACACAAAAAACCAAUAUGACGCUUCUUCUGGCGAUAAACGAGGAAUCCGUGAAGCCAUUGGAAGAAAUGGACUGUAAGCUGAGGUUUGGCGUACGGUACACCAAAAUAAAAAUAUUCCGCCCAACAGGCAAUGAUGAUGAUGGCAAGGAGUUAGAGGAUGCUAACAAAAUGCUUGACGGUAUGAAGCUUCAGGAAGAAGCUUCAGAAACCUCGUAAGCCUGCACGAAUGCUGAAAGUAGCACAAAUUAACCUUCAGCAUUCGAAAAUCGCAUCGGACAAUCUCGCCAUCUUUCUCAUAGAGGAGGAUGUCGAUGUCAGCAUUGUGCAAGAGCCAUGGGUCAGAGGUAAGGACAUCAUGGGGCUAAUGCUGAAAAAUUAUAACAAUUUAUAUAUUAGGAACAAUGUAUAGCGAUAAAGAUCUAACAGUCGUAAGGAUCGAAAUGCCAGGUGGACAAAAUUUUAUUGUGGCUUCUGCUUACAUGGCACAUGAUAGAGAUGCUCCUCCGGAAGAGGUAGUCGCGCUAGUAAACAGAAGUACAUCAAAAGAUAUUCCCACGUUAAUUG